CCGCCGGGCAGGGGUCCCGAGGCGCGGCCCCCGUCACCCGCCCCGCCGUACGGGCAGCGUGGGUCGCGCUCGGGUCCCCCUGGGCUCGAGGGCUGUGCUGGGUUCCGGAGCCCGGGCUCGGCGGUGCCUCCCUGGCCGUGGGCUCUCCACGGGGGGCGGGGGCAGGUUCCUGUUUUCUGCGAAGAUCCAAGUGUGGGGCCACGUCAGAGGCUUUCCCCAGAACCAACACGUAAAGCGCAGGUGGGGCCCGCAGCUUGGCGAGGGGUCGGUGUGCGCGGAGAACCCGACAACGGGCCCUGGCAGAUUAUCCUUAGACAGCUUUAUCUUCACGUUACAGAACAGUGUUGGGAAUCCUGCUCACCUGAGGAGCUGCAGGAAAAAGUUCUAGGAGUGCUUCUAAUUGCUGCUGUCCCUGGGUCCCUGCCUGCCAGUCACUAUGUACUGCCUUCAGUGGUUAUUGCCUGUCCUCCUCAUUCCUAAACCCCUCAACCCAGCUUUGUGGUUCAGUCACUCAAUGUUCAUGGGCUUCUAUCUGCUGAGUUUCCUCCUGGAGCGGAAGCCAUGCACAAUCUGUGCCUUGGUCUUCCUGGCAGCCUUGUUCCUCAUCUGCUACAGCUGCUGGGGGAACUGCUUCUUGUAUCACUGCAGUGGCUCCCAGCUGCCUGAGUCUGCUCAUGAUCCCAGCAUAGUCGGUACCUAAAAGUACCUCCAGCUUGCUGACAGCUCUGGGUUUGCUUUUAAAGAGGGAGGGUUGGGUGAGG